UUCUGUCUCGCCUCUUCGGGCAAAUCACAGAAUGAUAUGUUCAAAUUUCUUCGCUCUGCACUGACUGCCAUGACUUCUCCCGCUCGAGUUCCCAUCCCCGCCAACGGGGUAGACUACCGUGGCAAAAUCGUUCUGGCCCCGAUGGUUCGUUCUGGAGAAUUGCCGUCUCGUCUCCUCGCUCUCAAAUAUGGUGCGGAUCUUGUAUGGGGCCCGGAGACGAUCGACCAGGCGCUCAUCGGUGCGUCGCGCCGUGUGAAUCCUCGCAACGGAAACAUUGAGUUUACCCGUUUUCCUUCGAACGGUGGGCGCACCACCAAAUCUACUAAAGAAUCCGUCAUCUAUCGCAUCGACCCGGUCCGUGAAAAAGGAAAAUUGAUUUUCCAGAUUGGCACUGCUUCCCCUGAGCUUGCUGUGGCAGCAGCCAAGUCUGUAGCGGGGGAUGUGGCAGGUAUUGAUGUCAACUCAGGAUGUCCAAAACCGUUCAGCACAUGUGGCGGCAUGGGUGCCGCUCUGUUGCGGACACCUGAUAGAUUAGUCUCUAUUCUUGAGGCGCUAGUUAGGGAAGUUGGUGAUCCGUUUCAAAUUGGGAUUUCAGUCAAAAUCCGCAUUCUAAAAUCACCCGAAGAAACUAAGGAGCUAGUUUCGCGACUAGUCAGGACAGGAAUUACAGGACUGACAGUCCAUUGCCGUACGACUCCAAUGCGGCCCCGUGAACGAGCAAUUCGUGAUCAAUUGCCGAUGAUUGCCGAUGUUUGCCAUGAGGCCGGCGUUGCAUGCGUUAUGAAUGGAGACGUUACCUCGCGUGACGAGGGCCUCGCAUUGAUGAAAGAAUACAAUGUAGACGGAGCGAUGAUUGCCACAUCGGCCGAGGCCAACCCCUCGUGCUUCCGCUCCCAGGCGGAAGGCGGCUUGCUUCCUUGGAGAGAUGUUGCUCAUGCUUAUCUGCAAGCCUGCUUGGAAACGGAGAACCGAUACGGCAAUGCCAAAUUUCUCCUGAACAUUCUUGUUCCGGGCAGAAACAAAGAGUUUGAGCACUCAAGAUCAUCCAAGUCAUACUAUGAUUGGUGCCAUUCGCUCAAAUUUGAUGACCUCAUCCCUGCUGCGAUUCGAGUCGAUGAGUUUAUGAACCUGGCGCACAAAUCUAUUUUCAAAGACGAAGUCGUCACACAGAGCAAGCCUGUCCAGAAUGCUCUAGUUAACGACGAAUCUGCACAAGCUGCUGGCAGCGGCCCUGGUCCGACCCACGCCAAUACCAUUCCGACACUUACUUUGAACAAGACGCCCGAAGAAGACAUUUUUGCUUCUGCGCCAACUCCAAGGCAACAAGUCGCAACAUGAUUUUCUUUUGGCCUCUGGCCUUGUUCUCUGUGCAUGGUGGUAAAUAAUAAUGUUAUGUUGAUAUGUGAAUAUCCUCGACCGUUACCGUAUCGAGUGUUAUGCAAUUACAUAGAUUCAGGCAACUGCCCGACUUGGAAAGUGGCCAAUACUUGUAUAGUUUCUUUCUUGUUUUUCGACAUACUCUUCACAUUAAUAUGAUAGAUAUAUAUAUCACGUAGCGAUCCUAUUUGGCUUGCCUUGCGCUUUCUUUUUUUCGUGGAUUCUGUAUCUCGUUAUGCACAUCCAUCGUUAUUGCGGCCCAAAUAUAUAUCUGAAGUGGAC